GAGCAAAAGGCGGAAGUGACGGCGGCGCGGUGCUCGGCCCCGGGAGAAUCAUCUCCCCCUCCCAGCCCGGCGCACACAGGGAGGGCUGUGUUCUGGGGGCCCCGUGUUAACCGGCCCCAGGAAUUUCACCCUGUGCUGCUCCACACUCACCGGUCGCCAUGGCGACUAACAUGCGGAAGGGUGGCGGAUUGAUCGGGCUGGUGAAAGAUGCCUUCCAGCCGCACCACAACAAUCCGACUGCGCAGCCGGGGGCCGUGGACCGGAAGACGGUGGAGAAAUGCUGGAAACUCAUGGAUAAGGUGGUUCGGUUGUGCCAGAAUCAAAGGCUAGCUUUGAAGAAUAGCCCUCCAUACAUUCUAGACCUGCUUCCUGACACUUAUCAACACCUUCGGAGCAUUAUGUCCCGAUAUGAGGGGAAAAUGGAGAUUCUGGGAGAGAACGAAUAUUUCCGUGUUUUCAUGGAAAACCUCUUAAAGAAGACUAAGCAAACAAUAAGCCUGUUUAAAGAGGGCAAGGAACGCAUGUAUGAGGAGAAUUCACAGCCAAGAAGAAACUUGACAAAAUUAUCGCUAAUCUUUAGUCACAUGAUGGCAGAGCUGAAAGCUAUCUUCCCUAAUGGACAGUUCCAAGGAGAUUCAUUUCGAAUCACUAAGGCUGAUGCAGCAGAAUUCUGGCGGAAAGCAUUUGGAGAGAAAACUAUAGUUCCCUGGAAGAUUUUCCGUCUUGCACUGCAUGAUGUUCACCCAAUUUCCUCUGGACUGGAAGCCAUGGCCCUGAAAUCUACAAUUGACCUUACAUGCAAUGAUUACAUCUCUGUGUUUGAGUUUGAUAUCUUCACUCGUCUUUUUCAGCCAUGGUCCUCCCUUCUCAGGAACUGGAAUAGUUUGGCUGUAACGCAUCCUGGAUACAUGGCCUUUCUGACGUAUGAUGAGGUCAAAGCUCGGCUCCAGAAGUUCAUCCACAAGCCAGGGAGUUAUAUUUUUCGUCUGAGCUGCACGCGACUAGGUCAGUGGGCAAUUGGAUAUGUCACAGGCGACGGAAAUAUUUUACAGACCAUCCCACACAACAAACCACUCUUCCAAGCAUUGAUCGAUGGCUUCCGGGAAGGAUUUUAUCUCUUCCCUGAUGGACGCAACCAAAACCCUGAUCUGACAGGCUUGUGUGAGCCCACCCCUCAGGACCACAUAAAAGUCACUCAGGAGCAAUAUGAGCUGUACUGUGAGAUGGGCUCCACCUUCCAGCUCUGCAAGAUCUGUGCUGAGAAUGACAAGGAUGUUAAAAUUGAGCCCUGUGGGCAUCUAAUGUGCACAUCAUGCCUCACCUCCUGGCAGGAAUCUGAGGGGCAGGGCUGUCCUUUCUGUCGCUGUGAAAUCAAAGGAACUGAGCCCAUCGUUGUGGAUCCCUUUGACCCAAGAUGUGGUGCUAUGGCAGAAUUGCUUCGGCAAUGUAUGGAUGGAACCCCUUCGCCUUGUUAUGAUGAUGAUGACGAUGAUAGUGGAACUGACUCUUUCUUUGUGAUGAAAGAACUGGCAGGGUCCAAGGUGGAAAGACCCCCUUCUCCACUGUCUGUCACCCCACAAGCCUCACUCCCCCCUGUGCCUCCCCGUCUAGACUUGCUGCAGCAGAGGACACCUAACCAAUCUGGAGCUUGCAGUCCAGCAACUAGUUCCAAGGCUUCCAGCAGUUCUCACCACAAGGAUAAGCCUUUGCCUGUACCUCCAACUCUGCGAGACCUUCCGCCUCCACCACCCCCAGACAGACCUCAUUCUAUUGCAAGUGAGAGCAGGCCCCAGAGGAGACCUUUACCUUCUACCCCUGCAGAAAAGCCCCUUCUGUUGCCCACUAACCGACCUGGAGAAACCUGGCAUCCACGUGCUGUUCCCAAAGCACCUGCCACUAAUUUGACUCCUGGUGACCCUUGGACUGGUGGAAGAGAGCUGACAAAUCGUCAUUCUCUGCCUUUUACACUGCCUUCACACAUUGAUGAGAGGAGAGACCGACAUGGAAGCACACAAAGCUUGGACAACACAGGCAUAAGUGCAACCACAGAGUUGUUUGGAGGACUAGAUAAUGAUGAUGCCAAAAUGAAGCCAUCCUCAUCUGCAAAUGCCAUUUACUCUUUGGCCACCAGGCCUUUCCCGGUGCCUCCAGUAGGGGAUCAUGUGGACAGUGGAGAUGAGUCUGAAUAUAUGUGUCCUUCAUCAAGGCCCUUGAUCCCUGCUCCAGUAGCAAAAACAGAAGCAAGGAGACCACUAGAGACAGUACCUAGCUUGUGGCCACCAGACCAGCAGACUGAAAGGGAAUCCUAUGAGACCAUGUACAAUAUCCAGUGCCAAGCUACCACUCCAGUUGUUGUGGAGCCCAGCAGGGAAGGAGCAGAAACUAAUUCUGCAAUAGCUAACAAUGGACCAGAGGAUGAUGACAAUGAGGAUGAUGGAUAUGACAUACCGAAGCCCCAUUUGCCCAUGGCUAUUGCUCGCCGCACCCUCUCUGAUGCCCCUAAUGCCACACCUGCCUUCUGCCCUGGAACCAUUAGCAGGGACUCCGGAGCAGGGCUUCCGGAGUCUUCUCAGGUUCCUGAGCGCCCCCCAAAACCUUUUCCAAGGAGGAUGAACUCUGAACGCAGGCCAGUUGUUGGUGGAGGUUUUGGGGAUGCUCCUCCUGCACCACUAUCCAGCGAGAUUGAAAGCUUGCUGAGUCAAGGUUACUCCCAACAGGACGUGAACAAAGCCUUGCUUAUAGCCCGCAACAAUAUUGAAAUGGCCCGUAACAUCCUGCGUGAAUUUGUGGCCAUCCCUUCACCGGCUCAUGUUGCCACAUAGCAGCUGUGGAACUUGGACACUCCAGCCCUGGGUGGGAAAGGGGAGGAGAGCAAGAAGAGUAUACCUCCAUCUCCUGGGCUUUUAAGCAUCAUGGGAGCAACUGUGGGACCAGUAUGGGUAGGUGUGGGUACAAUGGUAUUAAGAGGAGUGAUGUGCCCAUAGUCUCCUUGCUGGAAACAUACAGGGUAAGGGCGUCAGCCUGCUCAAUAACUAGCAGCAUUACAAAUAAUAUGACUCAUGGCCAUAUGAGCACUCCAUUUUGGAAUGAUCAGAUCCCCAUCUCACCCUAAUUUUCAGGUACGUUGGGCUCGCAUGGCUCUGUUUAAUGUUUUUCACACAUUAAACGUUCUGCCAGUUAAAAUAGAUUGAUGGAUUGCCCACCAAUGAGUUGAGGGAGAUCAGACGGUUAUAUAUAUUGUCAUUCACUGUAAUGUUGAACAACCCUUUUCACAAUUGAAUGGGUUUAUUGGCACCUUUCUGCAGAAACGGAGGGACCUCACUCAUCGAAUGAAACUGCCUUAGGGCGAGGAACCUUUUAUCACACACGAAUGGGUGCUUUUGAUCCUAUUAAAUGGCAUUAUUCAAAAUGA